AUGUACCGGAUAGCCAUCCUACUGUGUCUGGCGGCGGCCUCCACGCAGGACAUCACCAGCGGCGGCGUGUCCCUGGAGGAGUGCGACCCGGAGAUGUUGGGGUUUGAGCUCAUCACCUAUAUAGUCUGUAUUGUCUACAGAUAUGUAACGGAUAGCCAUCCUACUGUGUCUGGCGGCGGCCUCCACGCAGGACAUCACCAGCGGCGGCGUGUCCCUGGAGGAGUGCUACCCGGAGAUGUUGGGAUGGACCGGAUAGCCAUCCUACUGUGUCUGGCGGCGGCCUCCACGCAGGACAUCACCAGCGGCGGCGUGUCCCUGGUGGAGUGCGACCCGGAGAUGUUGGGGUUUGAGCUCAUCACCUAUAUAGUCUGUAUUGUCUACAGAUAUGUACCGGAUAGCCAUCCUACUGUGUCUGGCGGCGGCCUCCACGCAGGACAUCACCAGCGGCGGCGUGUCCCUGGAGGAGUGCUACCCGGAGAUGUUGGGAUGGACCGGAUAGCCAUCCUACUGUGUCUGGCGGCGGCCUCCACGCAGGACAUCACCAGCGGCGGCGUGUCCCUGGUGGAGUGCGACCCGGAGAUGUUGGGGUUUGAGCUCAUCACCUAUAUAGUCUGUAUUGUCUACAGAUAUGUAACGGAUAGCCAUCCUACUGUGUCUGGCGGCGGCCUCCACGCAGGACAUCACCAGCGGCGGCGUGUCCCUGGAGGAGUGCUACCCGGAGAUGUUGGGAUGUACCGGAUAGCCAUCCUACUGUGUCUGGCGGCGGCCUCCACGCAGGACAUCACCAGCGGCGGCGUGUCCCUGGAGGAGUGCGACCCGGAGAUGUUGUGGUUUGAGCUCAUCACCUAUAUAAUGUACCGGAUAGCCAUCCUACUGUGUCUGGCGGCGGCCUCCACGCAGGACAUCACCAGUGGUGGCGUGUCUCUGGAGGAGUGCGACCCGGAGAUGUUGGGGUUUGAGCUCAUCACCGGCUACGUGUUCACCGCCCCUGACGACCUCUUGGACAGUGUUCCUGGCACUCUCAUGCUGACAGACUGUCUAGAGGCCUGCCAGAGCAACGACUCUUGUCACGCCGUCAACUACGAGACAGGCCUGUGUGUGCUCUUCGCUUCCAACGCAGACACUUAUCCAGGAGCGCUGAGUAAAUCCCAGUUCCCCGUGUUCACCAUCUACGCCCAGAAGAGCUGCCUGGGGGUGAAGCCCUGCGAGAGAGCCUGGUGCUUCGACCGUGUACAAGGCUACCGACUCAGUGGAUACGUCAAGAAGACCCAAGCCACCGGGACAAGACAGGACUGUCUCGAACUGUGCCUGGGAGAGCGGGAGUUCACGUGCAGAUCCGCUAACUACAACAACGCCACAGGAGAGUGCGAGUUGUCCGACAUGGACCGUCUGACGGUCGCCGGGUCCGGAGCCUUCGACGCCGCCGCGGGCUACGACUACCUGGAGAACAACUGUGUGGAGGAGCCUGUCAAACUGUGCGAGUUCAAGAAGCUCAGUGGACGGAUCCUCAAGACAGUAGACUCUGUCUACCAAGAGGUCGACUCGGCCGAGGAAUGCAGAGAUCUGUGUCUCAACUCGCCCUACAGAUGUCACUCGUACGACUACGGCGACACUGGCGAGCAAGUGUGUCGACUCAGCCAUCACUCCAGGGCCACGCUCGCCGACAUACAGGACCCAUAUCUGGACGUGCCGGAGGCCUCUACCUACGAGCUGAGUGCCUGCUACAACGUCAGCAUCGACUGCAGGUCCGGAGACAUGGUGGCGAGGAUCAAGACCAGCAAGUUGUUCAGUGGCAAGAUCUACGCCAAGGGUAGUCCCAACUCGUGCGUACAAGAUGUGCGAGGAAGCUUGGAGUUUGAGCUGCGCAUGGCUUACGACGACGUCGAGUGCAACGUCAAGCAUCAAGGUUUGGGCAGGUACCUAAACGACGUAGUGAUUCAACACCACGACACUAUAGUGACCAGUUCAGACCUCGGGUUGGCGGUCACUUGCCAGUACGACCUGACCAACAAGAGUGUGAGCAACGAGGUGGACCUUGGAGUACACGGAGACGUGCGGCCAGCCCUCACUGAGGAGGUUAUUGUCGACUCUCCCAACGUGGCGAUGAAGAUCACAGACCGCCACGGAGCUGAGGUUCUGCCCUCGGCCGAGGUAGGAGACCCGCUGGCGCUCAGGUUCGAGAUCAUGGACAAGAACUCCCCGUACGAGAUCUUCGUGCGAGAGUUGGUCGCCAUGGACGGCGUGGACUCCAGCGAGAUCGUGCUCAUUGACUCGGACGGCUGCCCUACAGACCACUUCAUCAUGGGCCCUCUCUACAAGUCGGUCGAUACUGGCAAGGUGCUCCUCUCGUACUUUGACGCAUUCAAAUUCCCGUCCUCCGAGGUGGUGCAGUUCCGCGCCCUGGUCACUCCUUGCAUGCCGACCUGCGAACCCGUCCAAUGUGACCAAGAGGACAACAGCGGGGAGCUGAGGAGCGUCCAGUCCUUCGGCAAGCGGCGGCGGCGACGCAGCACUUCGCGAGAGGACCUCCUACUCGUGCAGUCCAUCCAGAUCACGGACAAGUUCGGGUUCAACCGUAACAAGUCUGUGGGUGCGGCGCGGUACGGUGACGAGAUGAGCUCGAUAUACCUGGAGGGCGACCAUGACAGUUUGUGCAUAAGCUUCAUCGGCGUGGUGAUCGCCGGUGUUGUCUUCCUCGCGGUUCAACUGGCGGUCAUCGUCGCCUGGACGUGCGUCUGGCAGCGCAAGAGCUACAAGAACACGCCCUAUCUAUCCGAGGGACUCAACCUCAGUGCUUCUCGCACGGACAGCCUCUGCAAACUGUACGACACGGGGUAUGCCAGGAGGUUCUGAAGAUGCCAUCCAGUGCUCAAUGGUUCGUCUUAGCAGCCAGACGACUCGUGGUGAUCUGUGUGUUCUUAGGAAAUUCCAAAUUACCAAAUUGCCCGGUAACUUGUUAUAGCUCGAAGUAAGAGUUUUAAAGUUACAUUAACAGAUUAUUGCGAACAUUAUUCCAUCGCAAACAAAGCAUUACGUAUCUGGAAUUUGACCCCGUCCAAUAUUUAAAUCAGAACAGUACACAAAUUCAGCUGAAGUUGAAAAAACUAUGAACCACCCUCAGAAUAGUGCAGAAGGCAUUGUGUUAUCGUGUUCUUCCAGCCUCGGCUAGGUUUGUAAACUAAUCUUGUAAUUCUUUUACUCUUUUCUCACCUCAGUACAGGGGUCAGGUUCUAUAUCACAAAACGUAGUUAAAACUUUGUUUUUUACUUAGAAAACGUCCGCAAUAAUCUGUUGGACUUUCCAACGCCAAAAAUGAACUCCAAACAAGGAGUUUUAAAC